UAUUCAACAACGAAAUAAAACACUUUUGCUUUUCAACGAAACAAAUGUAGUACAUUUUGUAAAAAAAACCAUACGUCUGAUGACAAGCUGAAUUCUCCGAAUGUAAUCGAACUGAUUAAUCGAGCAACGAGUACUUAAAAUGUCCAAAGAUAUAAGAUCGUACUUCCUUGGCGGUGCAAGUAAAAAGCCAAAGAGCGACGACAAGAAGCAUAAAGCUACUGUCAUUACUUCCGACGAGGAGGACGAGCCCAGCACGAAGAGAAACAAAAAGGCCAAGGAAAAGGUGGACUUGAAGAAGGCUUCCAAGAGCCAUGAAAAAGCAAAGACGAAGAAGCGCACCAUCAUAUCCUCGGACGAGGAAGAGAAGGAGUCCGAGGCCAAACGCCUAAAGAACAAGAAGGCCAAGGUUGCCGCCGAGAAGAGCAAUCAAGUGAAGUUGUUGCGGGAAGUCGACGUGAGGGAUGUCUUUCAAAAGAAGCCCAUCAGCCGAGUCAACGCCCCCAAGAUAAAGAAGAACUCCGGCAAGCCUAACAUGAAUUUCGAUGAUGAUGACAACUUUGAUGAGACCCUCAAUCAGCUGGAUUUUUCCAAGAUUGAGAACGAGUAUUUGUCUGCUAUGAGCAGUGACAAGCCACCCUUCUUUGAGGAUGAGUCAAAAGAGAGGGACAUGAAGGCUGUAGAAAGCAAUGAUUCCAAAAAAGAUACUGAUAAAGUAAAAAAACACGGCAGUGAAAAGGAUAAAAAACAUGAUAGUGUUAAGAAAAAGAAAGAUCAGCCCCAUCCCAAGCUGGAGAUUAACAGAGAAUCUAAGCCACAGAAAGCUGAUACCCCUAAGGAGAAGAAAAAAGACGUUGUGGAUUUCAAUGAAAUUAUUGAAGAAAAGAUCGACAAAAAGAAGCAGCACGCUGCACUUUACCAGAAUUAUCUCAACAGAGGGGGAGCCAGGAAUCCUGGCUCCAAAGAAGUCCCAGAAGGAGCAGACAACUGCUUUGCCAAUCAGACAUUCUUGAUAACAGGUGUUCUAGAUUCUUUGGAGCGCGAAGAAGUCGAAGGAUUAAUUAAAAAGUACGGUGGUAAAGUGAUUCAGAGCGUGUCUAAAAAGUUAAAUUACAUGAUUGUGGGAGAUCAACCUGGUCCAUCAAAAAUGUCUAAAGGGCAAAGUCUUGGUAUCAAAAUGAUUAGCGAAGAUGACUUUUUGAAUCUAUUGAGAACUAGUCCUGGCAAAGUGUCUGACACAACUGACGAUUCCAGAAAGCGUAAAUCAGAAGACUCCAUCGAUGCUGGUAAAAUCAAACCAGAUAAAAGGAGCAAACAUCAAUCACCGGAACAGAAUGCAAGUAGGAGUUUAAAACAAGUUGAAAUCAAUAAAAAAGAUAAAACGCCACCAAAUGACAAGAUUUUUGGCAAAAAGUCACCAGUGAAAAAAGAAGAAAAGAAAACAGAAAGCAAGCAAAAAUCAACGCCACCAAAAGCCAACGCCAUGUCCAACGGCACGGCUUCUUACAGCAAUGCGUCAAACAAACUUGAUGAUGGACUAGACCACAUAACGGCCCUAUCAGAAAAGUACAGGCCAAAAGAAAUGAAACAGAUCAUCGGUCAAGGCGGUGACAAGAGUAAUGCAAAGAAGUUGCACUAUUGGCUGAAAAAUUGGCACAACAACCAUGGAAAAAACGCCCCGGCGAAACCAAAAUUCAACCAAAGGGACGACACGGGAAUGAUAUUCAAAGCCGUUCUGCUUUCUGGACCACCGGGUAUCGGCAAAACAACCACGGCCUACGUGGUGUGCGCCGACCUUGGCUUCGAAGUGAUCGAGUUCAAUGCAUCGGACACGCGGAGUAAGAAACUCCUGCAGGAAGAAAUAUCCGGCAUCCUGAAGAAUAAGACCGUCAAGUCGUGCCUUAACGCUACAGAAGCGAAAAGUACUCCACCAAAGCACGUGUUACUCAUGGACGAGGUGGACGGUAUGGCAGGCAACGAAGACCGCGGUGGCAUGAAGGAGCUGAUAUCCUUGAUCAAAAGCUCGGACAUCCCCGUAAUCUGCAUUUGUAACGACCGCCAGAGUCAAAAGAUCAAGUCACUGGUCAACUACACGUUCGACCUGCGUUUCCAGAAACCUCGACUCGAACAAAUCCGAGCUGCCAUGAUGUCUAUCUGCUUCAAGGAGGGCAUCAAAGUCAGCCCUGACGAGAUUACCAGGAUCAUUCAGUCCACGAACCAGGACAUCAGGCAAGUCAUAAACCAUGUAGCAGUAUUAUCCGCCAAGUCCCAGUCUGGUGUUCCGGAAAACAAGAGCAUCGAGAAGUACAAGAACCUGAGACUAGGUCCUUGGGACGUGAUACGCAAAGUCUUCAGCGCUGAGGAGCACAAGCACAUGAGCAUUCAUGACAAGAGCGACCUGUUCUUCCACGAUUACAGCAUAGCUCCGCUAUUCGUUGAGGAGAACUACCUCAUAGUCAACCCUAACGGCCCGAAGAAUUUGAUUUACGACAAGCUAGCCAAGUGCAGCGAAAGCCUGGCCAUUGGCGACGUUGUCGACAAGACGAUAAGAAACGGACAGAACUGGAGCCUCCUGCCGGUGCAGGCCUGUUUCUCCUCGGUCAUGCCCGGCUCGGUAAUGUCGGGCUUUAUUGGAGGACAAAUCAAUUUUCCCAGCUGGCUGGGUAAGAAUUCCAGGACUAAUAAGUGCGACCGACUGCUCCAGGACAUAACGGUACACGCGAGAAUUAUCACAGGCGCGAGCAAGGAAGCGGUGAACCUCGAUUACCUCAAGAUGCUUGCCCACUCGAUCAUUCGUCCCCUGGCAGUUGAAGGAAGCGAGGGCGUUGAGAAAUCUGUCGAGAUCAUGAACAAGUACCACCUGUCGCGCGAUGAUCUGGACUCGCUUCUUGAGCUCACCAAGUGGCCUCAUACCAGGGACCUCAUGCAAGCUGUGGACACCAAGACCAAGGCUGCGUUUACCAGAGCUUACAACAAAAGCGCAUCCUACAACUCUGCUGGUACAAUGAAGAAAAAGUCUGCCAAAGGUGACGCUAACGACGAUUUGCUAGGUGAGGAGGAUGAGGAGCUGGCUUCCGACGACGAGGAGGAGGACAAAAUCGAAAACGACAAGUUGAUUAAGGCUAAAACGUCGAAGGCUGCAGCCAAGAACAACAAUGCCUCAGCCGAGUCUACGUCGAAAGGUCGAGGCAAAAAACCCGCUAGUAAGACUACAAAGAAGAAAAAGUAAUCUUAUGUUGUUGUUGAAUAAAAUUAUUACCAAGCGCGAUAUUUUUUGCACCAAUUAUGCGAAUGUUACGUAGAUUGCAUAUUAUAUAUUUUUGUAUAUGGAAAUACCUGGCGAUGAUUCAAUUUUCCAUGUGAAAUUUUUUUUUUUUUUUCUUUUCCUUAGUGUUUCAUAGCAUUGAUAUCAUAUGUCAGUUACAGCUACAGUGAUGUCGUCUGAAUUAUUGUGUGAUAAAUUAAAGAAUGACAAUUACAAAAAAUCAAUUAUCUAUUUGUACAUGCUUGUUACGUUUUUUUUUUUUUACGUGAACGCUAGCAUCGUUAAUAAACAUGAAAUAGUAAUUACAGCGUGUUACACGCAUGUAAAAAAACUCAUUUGCACUGUAAUUACCACAUGAGUUUAUUGAAUGUUUUUUAAAAUUAUUUUUCGGAUCAUUGUA